AAUCCCCCUCCAGAGUUUUCAACGCUCGACAUUUCUCUCUGACAGCUGAACGCUUGGGAUUUGUUCAGACAUUCCUGAUUCGGGGAAGUGGGAUAUUUUGCAGCCAUGUACCAACGAUUAUGGUCAUGGUUGUUGUAUCUUGUUGGUAUAACAAUGCAAGUCUUCUGGAACUGUGACUACAACGACAAGGUAACUGCUGGAAGCCUCAACAAGACCCAGUACUCCGGCAAGUGGUACUUCAUUAUGAUAGCUGCGGAUUCCGACAGUUCACUGCUGAAAUUCGGGGCGAUGGACAGUGCCGUCUUCCUCCUCACGCCCAUGAAAGCCGAAGGGAAGCUUCUACUGCAGGGAGAGUUCCGCCUUAGCGAAACAACAAACUGCCUAUUUCGCCAGUGGACCUAUUACAUCAGCAAUCAGACACAGGAGAUGAUCCUCGAGGGACGUCCUGAGCAGAGGACAGAGAUCUUUGUGAAGGAUGGAGAUGAUUACAUUAUGCUGCUGGAGGUACAGGAAGAAGGGCUGGAAACCUUCAAGAGGCUGAUGCUUUAUGGCAGGUCACCAACCCUGACCGAUGGCCUGCGGCUGGACUUCGAGCACCGCGCCCACUGCAUGGAUCUGACAUCAAUUUUCGUGCUGAAGCAAGCCCAAGCACCUUGUGAGAUUUCCUGAAUUAGUUUUGAAACCUUCCACACCCUGUGCAACAACGCCAGAUGAGAACAAUCCACAAAUGCCUUCAUCUGCCUUCGGUAUCGUGUCCCUUGUGGAGUAAUAGUUACAGCUAUGCAUUAGCAGUUCAUGAUUACCUUUGUUUGGCCGGAAUUUAGUUUUUAUUAGAGAAUAGCAAAAUGAAAAAAAUCGAAACUGUCCUUCUGCCUAUUUUGAUCAGGGGGUUAAUAGAAUUGGAGAGGAAAAACCUUUUGGACCAAGACACAGAGGAGGUGGAGGAACUCAGUGGGUCGGGCAGCAUCUAUGAUGGGAAAUGGUCAGUCAACAUUUCAGGUCAAGACCCUUCCCUCCAGCUCCUUUGUGAAUUGCUCCAGAUUUCCAGUAUCUAGUCUCUUUUUUCUUAUUUUUGUUUGGGAUGAGAUUGAUUUCUUACUUCCACAGCACUACUAUACACCUGACAAUAGGUGGCACUGCUGAGCACCUUUCAGCACAUUGACCCCUCUGCACCACCUGCAGGUGAAAUGAGGUAUUACAGGAAUAGAGAAAAUGGCUCCUCAUCCCUCAAUUGAGAAAGCCCUUGAACCUUGGGAACAAAAUGAUUCAGAUCAAAUUCACUUUGUACGAGACUACUCACCUAGAU